AGGCAUCUGUCAGUAUGGGAGGGGGUCCAGACACGUCACAUCCAAGGACGCUGCAAGGAGCUGCGGAUCACCUUUCCAACAUAGCAUGUUCCGAGGUAACGCAUAUUCUGGCACCGAAACAAGACAGAGAAAUAAAAACUGGUGCGCCUACGUUGUGCACAAGAACGUGAGCUGUGCCGUCGUGGGAGGCACGGAGAGUUUCCUGCAGCCAGAGGUUUUGCCGUGUCCACCGGAGCUGCCAAAUUGUGCGCAACAAGUGAUAUAUCAGACACACUUUAGGCCCAUGUAUAAGAUUGCAUACAAGACCGUAACAGAGCUGGAGUGGAGGUGCUGCCCGGGGUACCAGGGCCACGACUGCCGGGAGGUGAAAGACAUAAAGCUGCUCCAAGUGGAGCGUUUGCCCCAUGCUCCGUCUGCCUCGGGACAUAUUCCAGUCCCACAAGCUCCAGAAAAGCGAACGGAGAACCAGAGGAACCAUCCAUGGGGAGUAGCGGAGCAGUUUGCAGGUCAGCCAGGUCACAGGCCACUGGAGGGUCAUGGAGGAUCUCAAAGUGCACAACACCUGGAGGAGGAGGUGCAGCGACUAUCCACCAUGGUCCUUGACAUGCAAGCAAGAAUUACAGACAUGUCCUCCAAUCUGAGACUGGAUCUCCAAGAGGACGCCAGUAAAAUGUUGGUUACGCUGCUGAAUAACUACAGGCAGCCUGCCAGUGCCAGAGGCGCAGAGACCCACACCGUUCAGGUUCAGGACUUCUCUUUUGGACACGAGACAACGCAGAUGGACGACGUCAUGAACAAAAUCAGCCAGGUCACAGACGAUCUAGAGUCCAAGAGCAAUACCCUGGAUGACCUGUUUGGCCGUGUCAACCGUCAUGAUGAACAAAUUCAUCUGUUGAUGGAGGCGGGGCACAACCAGCUGUCCACACCCCCUCCCCCAGCCAGUCCGACAGACUUGCGUGCCUACCUGGACGAGAAGAUCCGCGCUCUGAGAGAGGAGUUAAUGGAGGGCAUGGACAUCAAAAUGGCAGACAUGAAGAACUCGUGCGAUUAUAAAAUCAGGUCCGUUCAGGAGCAGUGUGAGGGACAAGAAUCCAUCUACCUCAGCCUGGCCGAGCUCAUGGACUCCAAGGAAACUGACCUGCGCAACGAGAUCCAGGACCUUAAGACCAAGCUGGUUGGUCCAAGAAAGGAAGACACCCGUCCUGUGGAGAACCUUGAGAUCUGUCUGAACUCAUCUGAGAAGACCGUAGCGGCCCAGUGCCUCUCUGUGGAGGAGAAGCUGAAAAAAGAACGGGCCGAGGUUAUCAAAGACCUGAAGGAGACUCUGGAGAAAAAGCUGGCCUCCAUGGAGGACAGACUCACCACCCUGUUGGUAGAUACCAGCACCGACUCCCCAUCUGGUGGUCUUUUGACUGUUGUAAAAAACCUUCAACAAGACUCUCAGAGCUGCAGAACUGCUGUAGAUGCUAUGGAGAGUAGUCUUAAAGGCCAGAUAAAUGGCCUUGGAGCAAUGGAGGGGCAACUCCUCAACUACAGCGCCAGCAUUGAGAACGUACACAGCGGGUUGAGCCAUCUGAAAGGCCGUGUGGGCAGGUUGGAGGACUCGCUAUCAGAUGUAGUCCACCGGCAGUCUCAGGUGUCUCUGAUCCUCAACUCCACCUGGGGUCAAGUUAAAACGGGGGCUGAGCAGGAGGCCAAGGAGCUUCUGGAGCUUCACAGGACCCAGCAUCAAGAGCUGAGAAAGCGUCUGGAUGAACUGGGCAGGGAGGUGAAAGCCAAGGCCGACCACUGCAAGAACCAAACAGAAGAUGUCGGGAAGGCGAUCGCACACAUGGACAGCCGCAUUGUUAGUGUGGAGAGUUUAUGCGGCAAGCUGGAUCCCAUCUCCGGUAGCCUCCAGAGAAUCAAAGAGGGUCUGAAUAAACACAUUACUGGGUUGUGGACUUGUGUCAACCAGCUGAAUAGUACAGUUAGAGCUCACGCGCAAGAUAUCGGAGGACUGAGGGGAACUUGUGAGAAACUCCAGAGCCACAUCUCUAAUGCAGGCAGAGACCUCCAGGUGCUAACGAACAGCAAAGCCGGGAAGACGGGUGUUCAGGUUGCUGUGGAGGACGGUUUAGGUAAGAGCCCUGCAGGGCCGCUUGGUCCUCCGCCCGCCUCCCUCCCACAGCCACCUGUGAUAGAGACCGGAGAGGCGGGACCCCCCGGCAAGAUGUCUUCGUCCAAGUUGCCCAAGGGGACCGAUGGCAGCAUGAUACCUGUUCAAGGCUUUGCUGGAGCUCCAGCCUCCGCAGUCAAAUCUACUGACUCGCUAAAGCCCAGCAUGCCACUCAUCUCAGAUGUGAACAUGGCCCACAGACUAUCACCACAGCAACCUGCCUCUGCUUCAGGUGAGAAGGUGUCCUUCUCAGCUGGUCUGACUCUUCCUCCGUUCCAGGGAGAGAUCGGAAUCAUUCGAUUCAACAACGUGCUGGUCAAUGAUGGAGGACACUAUGACGCUCAUACAGGUAUCUUCACAGCUCCCACCGACGGCCGCUACCUGGUGACCGCUGUGCUCACAGCCCAGCGUGGUGAGAGGGUCCAGGCGGUCCUGUCUGUGUCCAAUCACAGCAUUCAGAGGUUGGACUCGGCGGGCUUCAAGUCAGAAGCGGCGGCACUGCCCUCACAUGAUCGGUGUAACUGCAGCGGUUCAGCCUCACUGAGUCUGGUUCUGUCGCUGAGGAGAGGAGAUCGAGCAGGACUGGUCAUGACUGCUGGAAAACUCGCCAGCUCAGCCUCCUCUGAGAUCCUGUCGUCUUUCAGCGCUGUGCUUCUCUACCCCAGCCCAUCAAAACGGUAGCCCCGCCCUUUUUAAAGACACCUUAUACGUAUAAGCCAGUGGAGUAUGGUGUACAUUACUGGGGACACAUUAAGGCUAAUGGUGAUAUCACAUUAUCAGAGGAGGGAAAGAAAUGUCUUUAUACAAAACAAUGUUAAAUGAGAUUAUUUCGGUCAUAAGUACUUAUAUAUAGUGUGUAUACAUUGCAUUGUUUUAUAUUUUCAUUGUGAAGUUUUGUCUGUGACCUAGAUCUUACACAUACACAUUUAUUUGUGGUCCACUGCAGUAAUCAGUUUUUCCUUAGUAUUUAAAAACUGUGUAUUGUAAGUGCACAACCUAGUAAUUGCUGAUGUUAUUGAGUUGUGCUAAUAUUUUAAUUCCAGUUGAUCCAAUUUGUUCAUUGCUUACUUAGGAAAUCAGUUAGUGUUUAUUUUCUCAGAAGCAUUCUACAGUUCAUACCAGUUUUCAUUAUUGCAUAUAUUUCGUAUUGGUGCUAAAAUUUUCAACAUGCAAAAUAAGCUUUGAUUGUUUCAAAUACAGUUUGUGGUUUUA